GCACACACUACGUGGUCAUUUAGGGUUUGGGAGAAAUGAUUAAAUGCACGCCGGUUAAAUGUCAAUUUUCAGGGUGUCAGAAUAGAUAUGGAGCAGCGAUGCGGAAUGACAGAGGGUUGUAAUGUUAACCUUUGGACUUUGCUCAGGACAAUCACACCAUUGGACUCUGACUUGAUGAGUUCCAGUGACAUUGGAUCACUGCACAUGCUGCUUCCGACGGGUGAGCAAUAAUGUUAUAUAAACAGACUGUGAAACAAAAUCCCAUCCUGACCUCAUCGAAAACAACAUUGGCGGGUAUGUGAAGUCAGCUUUUGAGCCACAAUUCUGAGAGCGAUGUCCGUAGAGUGUGCAGCUGAGGAACAACUAUUGAAAGCCCCAUCCCUUGUGUAGAGGAUGUACUGCUGAGUCUUGUCUCCCCCUAUUAUCAACACUGUGUGCUGCUCCACAGAGGAGAAUUUUGGAGCGCCAAAAUGAUGCUUCAAUGUUACGUCCUUGUCCAGAUUAUGCAACAGGGGUGAUGCUCUCUCAAAAAAGGAAAACAGCUGACUGUUAGUCUGCUGCAUAUUAUGGAUGCAAAGUUAAAAGAAGACCUGUUCCGGAGAUAUGUGGGGGCACUGGAGCGGCGCCUUCAAGAUGGAGGGGAAAAAUAUGGGAUGGCAAACUCUCAUGAUGGGGACAAUGGGAGGCACAAGGACAGCGAGGCCCUAUUGUCUACAGCCACAGCGCUACUUGGAGCAUAUCAGCCAGAUCCAGGACAGCGUUUCCGCAUGGUGCGCUUUUAUGAAGUGGUUGAGGGUUCGCUCCGCUGCCAAAGAGGAGGCAACCUCAGGAGCCUGGAGAGAGCGUUCCAUACACUGGAAACCAUAUGCACCAAUCUCUUACUCUUCCCCUGGAAGAAAGAGUUUAGAUGUAUCAAGACUUUCACUGGCCCGUAUGUGUACCAUCUUAAGUCGGCCAUUUCUGAGGCCGAGCUUCGAGCUCUAAUGCGCACAAUUGGCUACACGUGCGACCACGACUCGCACUUUUAUUUCCAGGAGCAUCCAGGAGGCUCGGGUCAUCUCCGCCAGUUGGCUUUUGAGCUCUUCCUGGCCCAGGCCGAGUGUCGUCUUCUGGGAGAGGUAGUGGCUCUCGCCCGGGGUUCGGCUUCCGAGUUGGAGGCUCUAGAACUGCGCAGGGGCUGCAGAGAUGACGCGGCCGGUUGCGCCGAAGCUCUUCGCAGACGCGACAGCCUCGGGGCAGAUAUGGCUCGUCUGUCUGUGCAGCCGAUGGAUAUCGAGAGGCCCCAUGCUCACCACCUGAGGCGAGGUAGCCGACCAUCCAAGUCUGUGGAUGUGACGGAUGGGGCGGGUCACUGGCACGCGGCGGUGAGCAAACCCAUCCUGAAAGCCUCAUUGAGUCUGAGGAAGGAACCUCUAUUUGUGGAUGCCGAGGAGGACAUGAAGGAUGAGAUAAUCAGGCCCAGCACCUCAGCAUCUCUUUUCUCUGUGGCGGCACCCCCUUUGUAUAGCCCCGUUGCUGAUUUCUUCCCUACGCAGUCUCCGCCUCCAGCUGACGCUUACACUUCCUACCACCUUUCCUCUUUGGACGAGAUUGACUUGUACACGGAGAGGGGCGGGGGUGGCGGCACCAUUGGAAGGCAAAUGCCCUCACGCCCACUGUCCAGAGAACCCCGAGAUGCCAGAGACGGGUGGCUGCUCAAAUCCCACGGGAACGUGAAGUGUCAGGGCUGUGGGCUGGGCUGCUCCACGAUGGCAUCCUGCCAGAGGUGCGACGUGGUCCUGUGCUCCUCAUGUCAGGAUGUCGAGCCCUCCCUGUGCUGUAGCGUCCAGGACUACCACCCGAAAUCCACACGGCCGAUUGACGGGUAUGUUCCCGUCAAGGAUAAGCUUUCUGUCUACUCAAACACUCACUCUCACUCGCAUCUGCACCCGCACCCCCUCACCCUGACCCAUUCGCACACCCACUCCCACCCUCACCCACACAUGGCAGACAAACAGUUGUUGUCCACCAAGCUGUUUCCAAGCAAGUCUGUUGCCUUGACUACACCAAAGGGGGGCAGCGGCGAGCGCAUGAGUACGGGCGGAUCGCGAUGCGGAUUCUGCAACAAGCCAGGCGCGUCGCACACCUGCGUGAACUGCUCCAAGGUGUCGUGCGACUCGUGCAUGAGCUUGUAUGGCAAGGAUAUGUGCACGCGGAAGAAUCCCCAGCACAUGUUUGUGCCCAACCAUCAGCUCAACUUCAAAUCUGGCACCAUUAUGCACAUGGUGUACCGAUGAUCCAGGUAGACUGAGGGUUUGCUUCUCGGCUUUCAGUCCCCCUCCUUUAAAUGACGGCGUCGCACUGCACUGUUGCUUUAUCCCUGCUACCCCUUUUCACAAGUUGCUCUCAAACUGACAGUGUUUUUAUUUUUAACUCCAUGUAGUACAUUUUCUCACUGUUGGUAGGGCCACAUCGUCUGCUUUAAGUUAUUCCCUUUUAGAUAUAAUGUACGACUGCUACAUUUUGCCUUGCUACCAGCUCUUGACUUGUCGUGAUAUUGUAGUGCUUUCCCAGUUCCUCCAGCGUUUGUCCUCUAAUAGGGAACUUGGACAUACAAAGUUGAAUUACUUCUCAUUGAAAAUCCUGUCCAGAAUAUCUACUUAUAAGAUUAAAAACAAAUCUAAUAUUAUAGAUUAUAUAUAUAUAUAUAUAUAUAUAUAUAUAUAUAUAUAUAUAUAUUGUUUAUGUGCGUGUGCCUGCAGGCGUACAAGUAUGUACAGAAAUACUACAAAAAACUUGAAAAAUAGUGAGAAAAGAUACACUGGAAAAUGGUAACAUAGUAUAUAUUUUUUAAAUCUUCUGUAAAACAAUGUGAGACCUUUAAGUAGAUUUAAAAAAAAAAAAAGACAUUCAGGCUAUAGUUGGGAAGUACUGUAUCUCAAUGGGAUUUGUUGAGAUAAUGAUCAGAUGCCAUAUUCUAUUUAUAAAGUCAUGCCUUGUAAAUGACUUCCUCCCAUCCCUCCCAAGGUUUCCAGCUGGCUGAUGUUUUAAUGCUGCUGUUGACUUGAGAGGUUGACAUUGUUAGAUAUUGACUUCUUCCUAGAUCAUAGCUUGUUCAUGUGUUUCAAACCCAUUCUACCCCUAUUUGAAAUCUCAGAACCUCUGUGGCCCAAGAUGCUGCAGUUCCCCCCUCACCAGAUCAGAGGUUCCCUGGCAAGUCUCAGGUGGAGUCACAACAAGUGUCUGGGCCACAAAUCAAAUGCAUGCAGAUUCUCUCCAAGCAUAUGAACUUUGUUGUUUUACAAAUUAUAUAAUGUGAAAGUGUUCUGUCAUGCUUUCUGUCUACCUCAAACCUCAAGCCAGUGUGACUUUCCAGACUUUUAACUCCCUGAAAUGUUAGACUUGUUGUAUUGACCACAUAUCCCGAGCAAAUGGUUCAAUAGGAAUAAUUUAAAACACUGCAAGUUUCCCCAUGUUGACCUAACAUUCUUCUUGCAUAAAUACUGGUUACAGUCCAAACUAUGCAUGCAAGCAAACCUGUAAAUGUUAUCCAGUAAAACAUUGUUGUAGCAGAGGCUCUAUGACGCUCGAAA